UGCAAUCUCUCUCUCUCUCUCUCUCUCUCUCUCUCUCUCUCUCUCUACAAACCGACGAUAUACUCCCGGCUGUCAAAGAUUCCUUAUAUCACUCUUCAAAUCCCUAAAUUCAUUCCGCUAGGUUGUUCUUGAUUUACCAUUUGAUUCCAAUAGCUAAAGUCCUUGAUUUUGUUUCACUUCUGUAAUGAUUUUUUAAUUCCAUUUGGUCAAGAAUCCAAUUAUUUUAUGGGUUGUGUGGGUUCCAAGCCUGAUGAUUCGCCGGCGGUGGCCUUGUGUCGGAAAAGAUGUCAGUUUCUUGAUGAAGCAAUUCACCAACGUUAUGCUCUCGCUGAAGCCCAUUUAGCUUACUUUCAUUCCCUAAAAUCCGUAGGUGAUUCGCUCCACCAUUUUUUUGAUCUGCAGUACACCGCCGCAGGCGGUGGCGAUGGCCUUUCGUCUCCGGUGCUCAACCUUCCUGAUCAAAGGAAGGGGGAUUCUUCUGGACUUCCGGCUCCGCCUGUUACCUCAGCUCCGGUGGUUGCGCAGCGUCAUUCGCAUUCGAAUUCCGGUUCGUCUCAUCUUCAUUUCCAUACCGAUUCGGAUGAAGAUUCCGGCGACGAAGACGAAUCACUUCAUUUACACUCCGAGAACGGUGGCUCACCGCCUCUGCAUCAACCGCGGUACGGCAAUUUGAGUUACAUCGAUCAACACGAAUCCCUAGAGGGUUCUUAUCUUCCAACUGCGUAUUCUUAUUCUACGCCUGGUUAUCCUCCCGCCGGUUAUCCUCCGGCAGGAUUUCCUCCCGCCGGUUACUCGUCAGGUGGUUACACAAUGAAUUACAUGAAAAAACAACCGACGCCGUCUGUUCUAUAUCAGCAGAGACCAAUGAGUUCGGAGCCUAUACGUUACGGUGAAGCUUCCACCUCUUCAUAUUCUAGCAACAGUUACAAUAAUCAAAACCCUAGUACAUACGCUUACAACAAUGAUUACUCUAAUUACGGCGAAUUUUUCGGUUCUUCUUCCCAACAACAACAACCGUACGCCGGUAUUUCACCGCCUCCGCCAGUUUUACAGGCGGAAGCGUCGUCUUCAAAUUCGAAACCUCCGCCUCCUCCUCCUCCACCGCCGAGCACCGCCUGGGACUUUUUGAACCCGUUUGAAACUUUUGAGGGCUUUUAUCCUCCGUAUACACCGAGUCGAGAUUCUAAAGAAGUGAGGGAUGAAGAAGGGAUUCCUGAUUUAGAAGAUGAAGACUUAUACCAGCAGGAAGUCGUUAAAGAAGUACACGGAAAUCAAAAGUUCGUUGAUGGCGGCGGCGGCGGCGGCGGUGGUGGUGUUGAUGGUCAUAAAGACGGUGGUGAUUCAGGUAGCGGGGAUGGAAAGAAGGCUGCGGUGGUUGAAGAAAAGAGUGAAGAAAGAGCUGCUGCUGAUCUCCAUUACCGGAGUGUACCAAAAGUGGUGGCGAAACAAGAUGAUCCGGUGGAGUAUGAGGUUCAUGUGGUGGAUAAAGAAGUUGUUGAUAAUCAAAAAAAGCCAUUAGUGUUCCAGAAUGAUUCCGAAAUCGUGAAAGAACUUCAAACACAAUUCGAUCGUGCAUCUGACUCCGGCAACGAAUUAUCCAAGAUCCUUGAGGUCGGAAAAGUUCCACAUAAUCGCAAACAUGUCGCCUAUCAAGUUCCAUCCAAGAUGUUGAAUGUGUUCACCCCUUCAUUAGCCCUAACGCAAGCAGAUCCUGCUACUUUAGAUACAGAUGUUGAUUUAUUGACAAAAUCCAAGAAUCUUUCAUCAACUCUACAUAAACUGUAUUUAUGGGAGAAGAAAUUGUUUGAUGAAGUUAAGAUUGAGGAGAAAAUGCGGUUACUCCAUGAAGAAAAGAAGCGAAGACUUGCAAGAUUAGAUGAAAAAGGCGCCGAGCCUCACAAAAUUGAUGCAACAAGAAUUUUUGUUAGAAGUCUUUCGACGAAAAUUCGAAUCGCAAUUCAAGUUGUUGAUAAGAUCUCGGACAAAAUAAACAAUUUGAGAGAUGAAGAAUUAUGGCCACAAUUAAACGACUUCAUCGAAGGGUUAACAAGAAUGUGGAGAUCUAUACACGAAUGCCACCAUACUCAAUGUCAAGCAAUCACGGCUGCCAAGCGUAUCGACGCGAUCACAUCUCAAAAACACGUAACCGACGCGAAUCUCGAAGCCACACUGCAACUCGAACACGACCUUCUCAAUUGGGCCAUACGCUUCUCAUGUUGGUUCGGUGCUCAAAAGGGUUUCGUGAGAUCACUAAACGAAUGGCUUCUAAAAUGUCUAAUGUACGAGCCUGAAGAAACCGUAGACGGGCCCGUCCCGUACUCACCCGGUCGACUCGGUGCACCGGCUAUCUUCAUAAUAUGUAACCAAUGGGCUCAAGCCAUGAACCGAAUCUCCGACAAGGAAGUGGUGGACUCGAUGCGAGAGUUUGCGGGGUCCGUUCUUCGGUUAUGGGAACGGGAUAAGGUUGAGAUGAGGGAACGGGAUAAAAGUAUGGAAAGAAAUGCUAAGAGUUUUGAGAAAGAGGAUCAAAAGAUUCAUAAAAGAUUACAAGUUUUGGAUAAAAUGAUUGUGGAUGCAUCGGGUGGUGAUAAUGAUAAUAACGGGCUCUCGUUAGGGCAUCCGGUUUAUCAAAGUGAAACGAGUAAAAACGGGAGUUUGCAAACGAGUCUACAACGGGUUUUCGAGUCAAUGGAACGGUUUACUUUGACUUCAUUGAAAGCUUAUGAGGAAUUAUUGCAACGGAUACAAGAAGAUAAACUUGCUCAAUAGAUUGUGAGUGAGCUACCAAUAACUUCAAACAUGGUUUUAAGUUGAUUCAGAAGUUAUUGUGCUAGAAGUGAAAAGUGUCAUUAUUUGUGUAUGUAUGAUGACCGGACCGGGCCCCACCAAGAUGAGGUGAGAGGUGGUUACUUCAGUUUUGCAAGUGUAUGUAGUUAGUAUAGAGAAGAAGAAGGUGAAAGAUCGAUGGCUUUUAGUAGUAAUAUUUUGGUUCAUAGAGGAAUUGAUUGGAUUUGUAGUCACUUGUAAUUGGUGUAGAAGAUGGGAUUGAAUUGGUUUCAUUUGUAGAUGAUUAUUAACAUGUUAUAUUAAUCGGGCAACAAAUUCAAAAUAGUUAAACAAA